AUGAACAACUUGAACUACUCGGAGGGCGGUCCCCGCGACGAGCACAUCCCCGGCACCCAUGUCAUGCACGACCAUGACGGCCUAGUGCUUCAGCGCGCGCACGGCGGGACGGGCUAUGUACUUGUGCCGCAGCCCAGCGAUCGGCCGGAUGAUCCAUUGAACUGGAACUGGAAGUGGAAGUUUGCCGUUGCAGCGACCCAGGCGCUGUACGUCAUCUUCACCGUGUCGUCUGCGCUGUCAAUGGCGCCAAUGAACGGGCUCGCCGCCAAGGAGUGGCCAGAGCAGAGCGAGACGCGUAUCGGCCUGCUGACGGGCGGCUGCGUAUUGUCCCUCGGGUACGCCAACUUUAUCAUCGUCCCGUGCAGCAACAUCUUUGGACGACGCGUGACGUCGCUCGUCGUGUCGGUGUUCGUCAUUGGCUUUGCAAUCUGGGAGGCGGAAGCCAAGAGCUACUCGUCCUUCCUCGCGAGCCGCAUCAUGACGGGCGUGCCGACGGCUAUUAGCGAGACGCUCAUGGUGCAAGUCAUUGCAGACUUGUUCUUCGUGCACGAGCGCGCCCGCUGGAUGGGCUUGUAUUUCAAAGCCUUCUUCUUUGGCCUCUUCAUCGGCCCCAUCAUCAGCGGCAACAUGGCGCAGCGCUAUGGCUGGCGCUCAUUCUGGUGGCUCAGCACUGCUCUCGGCGUUUUCAACACGGUCAAUCUCCUCGUCCUCUUCCCCGAGACGCGGUACCGACGGGGGCCCGUGGCCGACUCUGACCCCGUCUCGCCUGGCGAGAAGGACGCCGACAUGCGUCUUGAGGCAGCCGGUGAGAGCGUCACUGGCCGCGGUCGCCCUUCGCGACAGCAGUUCAAGCUCUGGCAGCCGAUCAACCCCGACUGGCGCCGCACGCUCAUCAAGGAUGUCCUCUCGCCGUGGCUCAAGUUCUUCAACCCAAUCAUCUUCUGGGCUGGGUGCACCAUGUACGGCUCGGCCAAUGUGCUGCUCUUCUUCAACCUGACGCAACAAACGCUGGCGGGGGCUCCCUGGCACUUCUCCGCGAGUGCAAUGGGGUACGCCAACUUUGCCUUCGUCAUUGGCGGGCUCAUUGGCUUGUCUACUGCUGGGCCAUUGUGCGACUGGGUCGGCAACACAAUGACGCGCCGCAACAACAAUGUGCGCGAGGCCGAGUUUCGCCUCAUCGCCAUGAUUCCAUUCAUAAUCAUUGCUGCCAUUGGAAUUGCCAUUGGAGGCCUGGCUCUGCAGCGUGGCUGGGGUUGGGCAGUAGUGCUCUGUGUCGGAUACGGCUUCACUGGCGUGACUGUGACCAGCCUUCCGACAAUUGCCGUAUCCUACGCCGUCGACUGCUACACGCCCAUUGCCGGCGACAUCAUGGUCGUAGCAACCGUCAUCAAGAACACGGCGGGCUUUGGCAUGAGCUAUUGGGUCUUUGACCUGAUUGCACGCAAGGGCAUCUUCACGUGCGCCAUGGUUCAGUUUGCGACAUGCAUCGGCCCCGCCAUCCUCGCAUUGCCCAUGUACUUCUUUGGCAAGCGCAUCCGCCGCUGGACUCGCAACUCGUCCUACCACAAGGAGGACUGA